AUGUCGGCCUUUGAGCGCGACUACACCCACCUGACCGUCGUCGACGCCCACCGCGCACUCGUCGGCUACCUCUCCAUCCCGCACCUCCAGGCCCUGCUCGACGCCGGCAAGGUCUCGCCCUCGGACCCGCUCUCCAAGGCCAUGGUCCGGUUCCAGCGCAAGGGGCGCAAGUACCGCGUCAUCACGAUGCAGACCCCGCUCGAGGAGCUCGAGGCCUUCUUCGAGGGCGACGGCGUCGAGGGCCGGAAGAGCCACUUCGCCGUCAUCACGGACGAGAAGAGGCGCUUCGUGCUGGGCGUCGCGACGGUGCAGGACCUGGAGGAGUUUGUCAAGAGGAGGCCGGCAUGA